AUGGACCCGUCAGCCCUGUUUGCCGCUCUUGACAAUCCAGUGCCCACCAGCACCUGGACAGUUUCCAAGAAUCAGCCGCUGGAAAUGGUGUUGAUGGCCAAGACAGAUUUGGACACCGUGAAAACCUUCUAUGAAUUCCACCCUGAAGCUUUGACCAAAGGUCUCUUCUGCAAUGUCCUCAAAUGUGGAGCCAAACCAGGCGUAGUUGGCUUUCUUGCCUCCAAAUGCCCUGACCUGGUCAAUGCAAAGGCUCUUUGCCUAGCAGUGGCUCAAGGACCGCGGCCUGAUAGACCUACUGAGAGUGAAAUCAUGGCAUUGGCCAAUGUCAAUCCCAAGGCGUUGGCGCCAAAAAGCCCAAACUAUCAUAUGUCAAAUUUUUUGCGGAUUCUCAUGCAAUGGAAAUACAGUCAAGAGUUGACCCAAAAUCUCUUCAAAAUGAGCGUACACAAAAAAGUCGUGUUACUUCUCGAUUGGUCAUUGCCUGAUUAUCAUCUGCUCAGUUGGGUUGACUAUAGUUCCAACAUGAAACGGUCAGGAAUUGACAUGGCAGCAGUCUUGGGCAUGACUCCAGUUCUGGACAGCAAGGAUGUCAAACAUUUGGUCAGUUGGGGCGUCGAAUGGGAUAUGGAUGCCUUCUCGGAAUUUGUCCGCAGAGUCUUGUCCAACCAGAGUAUUGAGAUCUUACGACUGGAACUACCAAAACUCGGGCCAGAUCGGCAAAAAGAAUCUACAAUGUUCACCACAGAUACAUUCAACCAGUUGAUGCCAAAGUGCAAGAUCAAGAAGAUUCUCUUGAGGCUGGACCAGAACAAUCCAUUGAUGGUCUCAUUCAUGGAGUCUUGUUUCGUUCGAAUGCCCUGUCUUCAGUAUUUGAACAUAUAUGUUACCACUGAUCUCAACAGUGUGGCACUGCCCAUCAGCCACUAUCUUUGCAGCGACCCGGCUUUGGAGCGGAUGACAAUUCGAGCAACAAGUGACAAAACAGCACUGGGACUCGAUCUGAUCCUCAAUGCUCUGACAACGAAUCAGACUCUUGAACGGUUUCACUAUUAUCGAGAUGGUGUCCAGACAGACAAAUUCCAAAGAUACCACAAUAUGCUGGCUGGAAUUCUCCAGGAGUCCAAUACUACACUUUGUGAAGCCCGCUUCUGUGAUGGCUGCACUAAAACGAAUCCAGUUGGCAUUUUCCGCAGUCCUCUCCAUCCCAGCCAACACCUGCUGCCCUUCUACACACAUCUCAAUCGGCUGGGGCGCAAGAAAGUAUAUGAUCCAGCAACCACAAAAGCGGACUUUGUGAAGCUGCUUGUGACAGUCACCCAAGUGAAACUCUAUGUUGACCGCAAUGGUGAAGAUCCUGCCACCAAGGAUGAUACUUUGAACAUUGUCUAUGGGCUUCUUCAGGAAAACCCAACCAUCUGGAGUAAUAUUCAUCAUGAUCCACCCAGCAGCCCGGAAUGCAAGAUGAGCCAUCACUGCGGAAGCAAGCGAAAGUAUAGCGCCAUCUCCUAA